UGGCCUCAGACUCCCAGAUAUCCACCUUCCUCUGCCUCCUGAGUGCAUGGAUUAAAGGUGUACACCACCCCCACCAGGGGAGGUGUGUUUUUCUUGUUGUCCUUCAGGCCACUCAGCGGACACUAGAGGUCUGUGUUCGGACAGGGCAUGUCUUCAGGAAUCAGCCGGGCUGGAAGAGCAAAACAGCCCUGGACUUUCCUUUCCUGGCCUGGAAGUGCUCUGCCUCCCCACCCCAAACCCCAGCCACUUCCUAGAAGCAAGUGGGAUUCUUGUAAAUUAGAUUUUUAAAAAUAUUUAUUUGUUAUGUAUACAAUAUUCUGUCUGUGUGUAUGCCUGCAGGCCAGAAGAGGGCACCAGAACCCAUUACAGAUGGUUGUGAGCCACCAUGUGGUUGCUGGGAAUUGAACUCAAGACCUUUGGAAGAGCGGGCAAUGCUCUUAACCUCUGAGUCAUCUCUCCAGCCCUGUAAAUUCGAUUUUUCAAGAGACUUUGGCAAUUAAAGGAAUUAUGCCAUAGGCCUUGGGUAAAGAAAAAAAGGUAAAAGGGUAAAAGGUGUUGGUAACAGCCUGCAGUGUCCUCUGUCCUGGAUGGUGUAGGAGCCUCCAAAAGUGAGAAACAGCCACAGCCGCGCAUGCUCACACACUCAGUAAACCCCCCUCCCCCCAGCUAGCAUGUGUCCCUGACUCCACCGGCUCUGUGCAAAGGGUGCAGUAUGUCAUGGCCACUCUCAGGAGCUGUCACCCUGGGAGGGGGCAGAGCAGAGUACCUCCCUUCUGUGCCAGACUCCAAUUUUCCUGUUUAUCUGAGGGGCAGAGCUGUGGUUGGUGACGCGUGGCCGGUGACAUCAUGACAAGUGAGGUGAUUGAAGAUGAGAAACAGUUUUAUUCGAAGGCCAAGACCUACUGGAAACAGAUCCCGCCCACGGUGGACGGCAUGCUUGGGGGGUAUGGCCACAUCUCCAACAUCGACCUCAACAGCUCUCGGAAGUUUCUGCAGAGGUUUCUAAGGGAAGGACCGAACAAAACGGGGACUUCCUGUGCCCUGGACUGUGGCGCUGGCAUUGGAAGGAUCACCAAGCGCCUGCUCCUGCCGCUCUUCAGGGUGGUGGACAUGGUGGACGUGACUGAGGACUUUCUGGCCAAAGCCAAGACCUACCUGGGGGAAGAGGGCAAGAGGGUGAGGAACUACUUCUGCUGUGGGCUGCAGGACUUCAGCCCAGAGCCCAGCUCCUAUGAUGUGAUCUGGAUCCAGUGGGUGAUAGGUCACCUGACGGAUGAGCACCUGGCUGAGUUUCUGCGCCGCUGUAAGCAGGGCCUGCGUCCCAAUGGCAUCAUUGUCAUCAAGGACAACAUGGCCCAGGAGGGUGUGAUCCUGGAUGAUGUGGACAGCAGUGUAUGCCGUGACCUCGAGGUGGUACACCGGAUCAUCCGCAGUGCCGGCCUCAGCCUCCUGGCGGAGGAGCGCCAGGAGAACCUGCCGGAUGAGAUCUACCAUGUCUACAGCUUUGCCCUGAGAUGAGGCCAGGACCAGCGCUAGGGGCACACAGCUGGCAGGCCACUAGACACAUUUGCCAUCCACCUUUGACUCCAGUGGGAGGGACAAGCCCUGGAUUGUGCUGUGUAUUGGGGCAGUACUGCCCUGUCACUCCAAGGCACCCUGGCAGCUCCCACAAGGAUAUGGGAAGCUAAGCUGCCACCAUAGGACUGGCUGCCAGAGACCUGAAGUGUGCAUGGCUGUUCCAGGACAGCCUGGAGAGCUGCACAUGGUACCUGAGGUGGUACCACUUACAGGAGUGGUCAGACCCACAUCCUCUGGUGAUGGCUCGCAGCAGCCUGCAGUAGGGGGGGCUUCCUCUUCUUGAGCCCCUCCCUGAUGGGCACUUUGCAGUCAAUAAAAGAGUGAGCCCUGUUCUCA